AUGGACCUUCGAGUUUCUAUGUUCCAGCUGUUAUACAAGCUUGGCGAAGUGUCCAAUCUAUCACUAGUUGCAUCAGAAUACGGUAAGGAGCUACAAGAUCCUCAAAGCAACAUGAAAGGAGUCCUUUUUACGCACCAAGUUACCAUUGACUACAAUAAAACAGAAGAAUUCUCAAUACAGCUAAUGUGUCUUAUGAGAGAUGACUUCUCUACCUUCAAGAAACUCAUCAGACAAAUCUGUUUCCGUAUAAUUAAGCGUACAAUUGCAAUAUCAGCAGGUGUAGACUGCAUAAGGCUUGACAAGACACAAAUACGUAUUACAGUCAUUCCUACGAACAUACCUCAUGCAGCAAUGACAAGGUUGUUCUGUGGUCUAUAUUGUUACGGUGAAUCUAUCGUUUCUACUUCCGGUAUCGUCACUAGAUUGGCCGACCAAACAAUGGCUAUCGUCCGAUAUUUAUAUGUCUGUCCAGAUGACGGAUACGAAGAAUAUGUUACUCGAAACAAAAACAACAAGAAAUGUCGUGACUGCGGAAACAAGUUGAUUGAAGAUGUAACAGGAAGAUUACUCAUCAAAUCAAUCACAUUCACAUUAUGUCCAUUCGAUUGUCCACAAUUGAAUCUCCAAGUAGAAAUGAGAUCAAAUGAUUUGCCACCGAAAAUCGGUGAUCAAGUAAAAGUGACAGGAGAAUUUCACGGAACAAUUUUGAGAGCACUUUUUGUAAACAAAGAAAUAAAAGUGACAAAUGAUCGGAAACAAUUUGACAGUACAUUCAAAUCAUUAUUGAAUUUACUUGAAUUCAUUUGUCCAGGAGAAAGUCAGGAAGUGAAGAGAUUAGUCUACUUUGGGAUGAUUUCAUUGAUAUCAAAUGAAUCAAUAACAAUGAUAUGCGACAAUGAAAUGAAGCUCCAACAAACAGCAAUGGCGUUGAAAAGAUAUUUGGAUAUCGAUGCAACGACGCCAAAUAAAAGUCUGACAAAAGAAAAAGGUUUCUUGACACUCAAAAAAAGUUGUGCCAUUUUACACGCGGAUUUGAGUUCGAAUAAAAUGACAGAGAACAUUUUGAACGCUAUGUCAAAUGGAACACCUUAUAUUCUACUCUUGAAAGAUCCAUCAAAAUUCAGUUCAAUUCAAUUGUGCUGCAGAGUUUUCGAUGUAAUAAAUUUGGUGUCAAAUUUCAAUAAAAGUGACAUAUUGAAAACAUCCAUUGAUUUGUUCAGAAGAGUUUCAGUUGAUGACGAAGCGAGUUUGAUACUGACAAGGUACUCAAUCAAAAGUGGAUGUGAUGCAGUUCCAGCUGCAAGAGCUAAUGCAGCAAUGAGAGGAAGUGCAACUGUUGAGAAACUGGACGCAAUGAUGGCUGUUUACGUCUGUGAAGAGAAAAAGAAUUCUCUCAACUCAACUUCUUUCAUAGGAACGAAUCCUUCAAAAGGUUUCCUCUUCUUCAAUCCAUCUGACUCAAUCAUCCCUUCCAACGAUGAAAUCUUACUCUUCAACUGCUGGUCCUCAAAAGUUGAAUGUUUCUUAGAAGCAGAAAUUUGA